UGAUUAGUGUUGUACAAUGCGUCAAUUGUUUGUUUACACGAACUGUCAAACGAUCGAUAUAAAAUUGAUUUUACCAUGAAUUUAUUAUCACCGUGUAAACAAAGCGGUGACAAAACUUCAGAAAAGACCUCGAAUAGUGUUUCAGUUUUAGCUCAAUCUGAUAAUCAGUGAAUUUCUUCUAAUUGGUGUUCGUAACCUUACUUAUGUCUGCAAAAAUUCUAAUCACCACUAAUGGAAUUUUUAGCAUGUAUUUACGCUGAACCCAUCGAUUUCAUCGAAAUUGUACAAGCAAUAAAAUAGUUCAAAGCAGUAACCAUGUCGCUCUACUUUGAUACUCGUGUUAAGAAUCCUGAAACUACCUCUAUAAGUACAUACGCUGCAUGGCAUCAGAACUUUCCGCUCUUAGCAGUCGCAGCUUAUUCCCAAGAUAAAGGAGGCUUUGUCACUAUUUAUGAUGACCUUGGCGAACCCUUACAAGAUGUCGAAGCACCAGCUCAUUCCGUUGCUCAAGUUACAGCUCUUGGGUGGCAUCGCGACAGACGAUGGCUAGCUGCAGGAUGGGAGAGCGGUGAAUUGCGGGUUUGGCCUGGAGAUUCUGGGAUAAAUGAAUUCAAUGUUAUUGUAACACCUCAUCGAGAUCCUAUAACUAUUUUGGAAUGGAGUCAGCAUGGUGGGAGGCUCGUAUCAGCAGAUACAGCAGGUUCUCUGAUUGGAUGGAAAAUAGAUCCCAGAGGUCAACUUCUCAUGGUGUUUCACCAUGAAUUGAAGGAUUCUUUUACGCAUAUUGCAUUUAAAAUCGCACCACCUAAGCCAACCAUGGACAUCAGUGGGCUUGCCAAGGCAGCUGUAGCCGGUGAUGAAAGAGCACUGGAUCUGUUCAGUUCCUGGCGCCCGAGGACUGCCGCUCCUAUGACAGUUCUAACGCAAAGGGACAACCACGCAUUUUACAUCGGUACCGCAAAUGGGGUAGUUUACUUCGUAGACAGUCAAGGGCAGUGCAUCGAAGUCCUUAAUACAGAUGGGGCAUCUCUACACUGUUUAUUACACCAUCAAACAAGAGAUUCUGUUGUUGUUAUGACAGAGGGUCUCAACAUUGGGCAUUUCCAAGCAGACCCUAUUACUGGCAGGCUCACAGAGCUCACGAAAGUGAAAUUGAGUGGCAAAGCAGAUAUAUCUCGGUCUGGACCAUCUAUCUGUUGGGCUGGAACAAACACUCUAGCUGUUUUAACCGGGGAAUUAGCUAUCAGAUGUUGGGAUCUACAUACCGGUGAUACUUAUGUUCUAGCACCGCCGGAAUCUACUAAUGCUAAUAUUGCAACACCUCAAGAAAUUUGCACGAGUUUAUGUUACUGUAAAAAUAAUGAAACCUUGGCAGCUGGUACAAAUUUGGGAACAAUUUAUCUAUGGAAACAUAAGCACGUAUCAGACAUCGAGGAUAAUGGAUGGCCUACCAUACCUGAAACUUGUAUGAUCCACGGUACUGUGAAACAGGUGACAUGGGGUGCUACGGUUUUACGAAGUCCUCUUUUAGCUGUAAACUGCAUUACCAAUGUCUUCAUACUUCGUCAACAACCAAUGUGUGCGGCCUACAAUGACAAUAUAUGCGCCAGUCAAUUAGCUCCGAAACAAAUACUUAUUGAAACGCAGAAUCAAAAUUAUAUCAUGAAAACUGAGCUGCAGGUACAAAGUGUUGCGGUAAAUAAAGAAUAUGUGGCAGUAACUUCUGGAAGGCAAGUUGCCGUUUAUAAGUUGAACAGAGAGAAUUCUGUAAGUACUACCUUGAUCGGAUCUUUUAAUUGCGAUGCCGAGAAGAUACUGAUUUAUGAAAGUACUUUGAUCAUAUUAACGCCGCUUGUGAUUCAACUGAGAUCGAUAGAAGGCAGUAUAAAUCAAACAUUACCUACAACACCUGAAGAGGGUGAACCCAUAACUAUGGAAUUAACAAGUCGAUAUUUGACUGUGGCUUCGCUAAAUGGAAUACUCAAGAUAUGGGACGUGAGCAAACGAGAAGCGAAGCUAUUCACAAGAGCAAAGGCUAUUUCCGAAUCAAUCGACGAUUUUGCUGAAAUUAUUGAAGCGAGAUGCAAUUCAGAUUGUAGAUGCGUUUCGAUCACCGUUGCAAUGGCCAAUCUGAUGCCAAGUCCAAUUUUGUAUGUUUGGGACAUCGAAAGCGACCAGAUAUAUGUAUAUAAUUUUGCUGAUCCCGAAGACAGCCACGAAGAGUCCUCCACCGCUAUGCAAUGUAAGGGACGAUUGGUAACGUCUCAUUGCUGGGAUGACGAGGAUCCACGACUUUUGGUUUGCCGCGCGCAAAGUUUGGAAGCUCCUGAUUCACGACCGCCGUCACAAAUUAAUUUAACUACUACCCAGGAACCAGUAACUAGCGUCGUCUUGAUAACAAUGUUCACAACAUCUGACCUUGGGAUAGUGAUCCAAGAUGUGCGUUCGGUUAAGGAUGAAAAUUGCAGGCUGUUGGGCGUUCGAACGCCUCAUAUAAUAAUUUUAAAUUCCGAAGUAACUUUGGAUAACGAAAGCAAAGUGUGUCAUGUUGUCAUGCGCGAUUUUGAAGAGCUGGGCACGUGUGAUGCGGCAACAAAGAAAGCAAUUCUAGAUUUUAGUUUUCACAUAAGCACAGCCAACAUGGAUGAAGCUUUCAAAGCAAUCAAAACGAUCCAGAACGAGGCUGUUUGGAAAAGUUUGGCGAGAAUGUGCGUGAAAACCAAACAACUAAAUAUGGCUGCGCUUUGCUUGGGUCAUAUGAAACACGCUCAAGGAGCCAGAGCAUUACGGGAAGCGAUGCAAGACGACAAUUUGAAUUUAGACGCAAAAUGUGGAAUACUGGCUGUUCAACUUGGCUUAUAUGAUGACGCCGAGCGUCUCUUCAGAGAGGCCAAUAGAUUGGAUCUUUUGUGUUCGAUGUUGGAAGCGCGCAACAAGUUUCCCCAGGCCAUCGAAAUGGCAGCUAAGGAAAAUAAAAUUCGUGAAAAAACAAGCUGCUACAAUUAUGCAAAAACGCUGGAACAAGAAGGCAAGAUAACAGAGGCAAUAGAAAUGUACACAAAAGCGGACUGUCACAGAUUCGAAGUACCACGCAUGCUUCUGUCCAGACCAAGGGACCUGCAAGCGUAUUUGUCCACUUCGGAAGAUCAAGAAAUAAACAUAUGGCAUGCUCAGUACAUAGAAUCGACCGGAGACAUGGAGGCCGCGCUGCGUCUUUAUGAAAAAGCAAACGAUACCUUGGCAAUGACUCGUUUACUCUGCUAUUUAGGUCGGGACACCGAAGUGUCUGAGCUCGUUACCAGAACGAAUCAUGCAGCUUCAGCUUAUCAUCUCGCCGCACAUCAUGAGUCCAGAAAUAACGUCGUACAGGCGGUUCAUUUUUACAGUGCGGCUAAGGCCUAUACCAAUGCGAUUCGUAUUUGUAAGGAAAAUGACAUGUCCGAAGAAUUGUGGCCCUUGGCAAUGCUGGCGCCACGUCAUGCCCAAAUUGAUGUGGCUAAACAUUUCGAGGAAGCCGGUCAGUCCGACAAAGCUGUUCUGUUGUACCACAAGGCUGGAAUGCUACAUAAAGCCUUGGAUUUGGCAUUUAAAACUCAACAGUACAACGCUUUGCAAUUGAUAACAAUGGAUGUAAAUGCUGACUCUGAUCCCGCAUUGAUCAGGAAAUGUGCCGAUUAUUUUGUACAAAAUGAGCAAAUAGACAAGGCCGUCGAUUUACUUGCUACUGGUAAAAAUUAUAUGGAAGCCUUGGAACUGAUACAAAUUCAUAAUAUCGUACUCACUGAGGACUUGGCGGAGAAAUUGACUCUCGAAAAAGUAGAGAGUAAUCCGAAUCAAGAGGAACUGCGGACAUCGACUCUGGAGAAGAUUGGGGAGAUUGCAUUUUCACAGGGGAAUUACCAUCUUGCUACCAAGAAGUUUACUCAGGCCGGUAAUAAAGUGAGAGCUAUGAAAGCUCUGCUGAAAUCAGGUGAUACAGAGAAAAUUUGUUUCUUCGCUCAAGUUUCUCGGCAGCGUGAAAUUUAUAUUAUGGCUGGGAAUUAUCUCCAGUCGUUGGAUUGGCAAAACCAACCGGAAGUUCUGAAAAACAUUAUUAAUUUUUAUUCAAAAGGCAAAGCGAUGGAUUUACUGGCAAACUUUUACGUAGCUUGUGCUCAAGUCGAAAUAGACGAAUUCCAAAAUUAUGAAAAGGCAUUCGACGCUUUGAACCAAGCAAGCAGAUGCUUAUCAAAGGUUACUACACCUCGCGAUCGAAACUUACACAAAAGAGCAAAUGACAUGGUGAACAACAGAAUGGCUACCAUAGAACGCUAUUUGAAUAUCAAAAAACUAUUUGAACACGGAGAAACUGAUGCAGCGGUAUCUCAAGUUCGCCAAUUGAUGGACUCGCAAGGAACCGAACUGGAGCAAUCGGUUAGACGUGGCGAUUUAUUUGCUACAUUGACGCAACACUACGCGAAUAUUGGGGAGACGGAAAAGGCGCGUGGAACAAUCGAAGAGUUGAAGCGGCUUGUCCCAGGAAUUAAUUUGAGUUAUUAUUACAACGUGAAUCUGUUAGAGGCUUUAGGAUACAAAAUUAAUAUUCAAAGGGAAGAAAGUUCAGAUAAAGAUGACGGUAUAGAAGAAUUACUAGGGGAAUAAUUUUAUCAAGCCCGGGAUAUAAUGAAGCAACUUUAUGCAUUAUGCCGUCUCAGUUAACGUUGACUUAUUUUUCAUUUUAAGAUACGCUGUGCCUUUUAUUCGAUGAUUUCAUGAGAAAUAUUCGGUAGAUUAAGUAGUAAGUUCCUGGUAAUUAACAUCAAUAGAUUGACAGCACUAUAAAUAAUCGGUGGGUCAGCAUUGACAUUGAGAAAGCACUUGUCGAGAGAUUCGAAGCUUGACAGAAGAAUGAAUUUAUUUGGGUAUAUACUUUACUUUACCUUGAGUGACGAACUCUGAUCACUUAUAUCAAAAUCCGUCCACAAAUUUUACCACAAUCUUGUAGUAUCAGUUGUGAAACAACUGACACGAAGAAGCUAUGAA